CUCUAACCCGACGGUCAUGUAAGCUCAGUAAGUAGAUAGGAUUGCAAGUGCUAUUCCUUCCUUGUGUCAUCUCCUCCCUUGCAGGUUUCUAAGCAGGGGUUGGGUGGCCCUCUGUAGGGGGCUCUUCAGCUGUGAUUCCUGCCUUGCAGGGGGGUUGGACUUGAAGGCCCUUGUGGGUGUCCCUUCCCCAUUGGGGUCCCUUCUAUGCACAAAUCGGGUUUUCAAUGAAGAAGAAGAAGAAGAAGUGUUUGGAUUUGAUAUCCCGCUUUAUCACUACCCUAAGGAGUCUCAAAGCGGCUCACAUUCUCCUUUCCCUUCCUCCCCCACAACAAACACUCUGUGAGGUGAGUGGGGCUGAGAGACUUCAAAGAGGUGUGACUAGCCCAAGGUCACCCAUCAGCUGCAUGUGGAGGAGCGGGGAAGCGAACCCAGUUCACCAGAUUACGAGUCCACUGCUCGGGUGCUGAUGAGAGUUGGAGGGCACCCAGUUGGCAAAGGCUGGAAGAUGAUCCGAUUGCCUUCAGGGGUAAUGUGCUUUGUGGGGGGGGGGUGCAGGAAUGGAGCAGAGCAAGGUCCAAGUUGAGCCCACCAGUAUCACUUGCAGUGUGGUAGAAGGUGCUGAGCCCCACUGACUUGACUGUGGGGCACAAAGUGUCUUGGGCUGGGGCAGUGCUAACUCCCCCCCCCAAGGGAAAUGCAGGAAAGCACCAGUCUGAGGACUGUUGCUUGGCAGCCCUCACCACUGACUUCCCCCUAUUGUAUGUGCUGUGGGUUCACUCUGACCCUCUGCUUCCUGCCCUUUAACCUCAGAGAUCAGUCAAGGGACCUGGAUGCUCAAGACGGAACUGCACACCAGAUCUUUCAGGAGAUCUGUGAUCCGGCUAUUCUUUUUAAUGGAAACAGAGGGGAGGGGGCUGCAAAUAUAAUGGUGCCAGCAUAGCUGUGCUGGGGGGAAUGGAAACGUAACCCCUUGCCCUCUCCCCAGGUAUUUCUUACUCACACGGAAAGAAAUGCCGGAAUCCCAACUCCUCUUUUAAAGCCACCUAGGUUGGUGGCCAUCACAGCCUCCUGUGGAAGGCAAAUUCAUAGUUUAACUCUGCAAUUCAUGAAGAAGGACUUCCUCUUGAUCCAUGGUCUGGAAGCCAAGCCUGAUGAGGAGCGGUUGAAGGAGCUUGGUAUGUUUAACCUGGGAAAUAGGAGACUGAGAGGAGAAAGGAGAGCCAUCUCCAAAUAUCUUAAGGUCUGCUACAUGGAAGAAGGAACAAGCUUGUUUUCUCCUGCUCUGGAGGGCAGGACUCGAACCCAUGGCUUCAAGUGACAAGAAAGGAGAUUCCGACUAAACAUACAGAAAAGCUUUUUGACAGUAUGAGCUGUUCAACAGUGGAACGGGCUUCCUUGGAAGGCGGUGGGCUCUCUUUCCUUGGAGGUCUUUAAGCAGAGGUUGGAUGGGCAUCCGUCCUGGAUGCUGUAGCUGAGAUUCUUGCCUUGCAGGGGGUUGGACUAGAUGAUCCUUGAGGUCCCUUCCAACUCUAGGGUUCUAUGAUUCUCUCAUUUGCCUCUUCUUUUUAACUUUUAUCAGUUACUGCCCAUAACUUUUAGUCCCCAUUCCCAAUUCUAAAUCCCCUGACAGUGGUCAUAAAUGCCUUGUUUCAAAGGCAACUUACAACCCAGCACCGUUCCAGCCUGCCUCUCGUGUGUUGUUAGAUGAAUGGAAACAGAAACAUGGAUGCGCUUUGCAUUUAAAGUUAGCCAUGCAAAUGAGCAGCUCGUCUGCUGCCAUAAUUAGUGCCCAAAGGAAAGCCGGUGCGAGUUUGUUAAAUGCAGGGUUCCCAGACAAGGAAGCCCAAAACGCCACAGGGAUCAGUUCCAGUGAUUUAUUAGAGGGAACCCUGUAAAGUAAACAGCAAGCAUUUGUUGCGACUGCUGCACCCAGGCAAGCGUGUCAUGCAGAGGCAGAUUUAGGGGAGUGAGACCAAUUUGCCCGCACAGGGGGCUGAGAUGAGAGGGUUCUUCAGGGGGGUGGGGUAUAAAUAAUAAAAUUAUUAAAAUGGUGGUGGUGGUGAACAAUGGAAGGGGAGAGGCUUGGAAGUACUAAAUUUGGGCAUCACAGAGGGCGCCACUGAAAUUUUAAAGCCCCCAAACCACCACUGAUGUUAUGCAUUAUAAAGAUUAAAAAGAACAAAACGAAUUUAUUUGUUAAUAUAAUAGAUGGAUAGUUUACAGAUCUUUACUUUUUUACAAUACGCAGAGAACAAUAUGUGUUGAUAAAUCAGAGAGAGGAGCGGAGGGAAGUCGUGGGGGAGGGAGAGGUUGUUGUGGGGGGUGGGAAAUGGGGGGGGGAAUAUAAUUGUUAAAAUAAUUUGUUACGUGAAAAUAAUCAAUAAAAAUUCUAAAAAAUAAAAUUAAUAAUAAUAAUAAAAUGCAUUAUACAGCCGUAUCUUGGAUCCCGAAUGCCUUGUGAGUCAAACGUUUUGGCUCCCGAAUGCCCCAAACCCAGAAGUGAUUGUUCUGGUUUGCGAAUGUUCUUUAGAACCUGAACGUCCCAAGCGACUGCGACAAUUGGCUGCAGGAGCUUUCUGCAGCCAAUCGGAAGCUGCACCUUAGUUUCUGAACAUUUUGGAAGUCAAACGGACUUCCAGAAUGGAUUCCGUUCGACUUCUGCGGUAUGACUGUACAGUGGUACCUCGGGUUAAGUACUUAAUUCGUUCCGGAGGUCCGUUCUUAACCUGAAACUGUUCUUAACCUGAAGCACCACUUUAGCUAAUAGGGCCUCCUGCUGCCGCUGCGCCACCGGAGCACGAUUUCUGUUCUCAUCCUGAAGCAAAGUUCUUAACCCAAGGUACUAUUUCGGGGUUAGGGGAAUCUGCAACCUGAAGCGUAUGUAACCUGAAGCGUAUGUAACCUGAAGCGUAUGUAACCCGAGGUACCACUGUAUACAGAAAGCAUCAUAUAUCAGUUGGGCCAGAAACUUCUGUCAGUCCCAAGGCGAAAAGUCAAGCGUCCCAUAGUCACAGAUGCAAAGCAUCAAAGCAAGCCAAUUAGCACAUAUCAAAGUAGUAAAUGCCGAUUAGUGUUGUUUUGACUGCCACUUUGGAGUUUACAAGCCUUUCAGAACAUAUUCCCUGUUGAGUUUUUCCCAUGUUGUCAAGCCCCAUCUGCCCCUCACUUCCCUCCAUGUGCAGAAGCUGCCUUCUUGAGUGUCAGGACCCACAAACGGUCUUGUCUGGUCCAUCUUCCAGAGCCUGUCUUUGCAGGCAGGGGAGGCCCCUAACUCACAAAGGGCAUGAGACCCAUUCAGCUCCCCUCACCUGGUUUUGCCAGCCAGCCAAAGCCAUUCCUGGGAUUGUGGCUGCUGUCGCAUGCUGACCUCUUCUAGGAACCCACAGGAACAGUUCCUCCCAUAUACAGUACCAGAAAGCCAAACACGGUGAUGGCUGCCCUUUUUUUGUGUUUGCAACCAGAUUUCCAAUUAACCUGUGUCAGAGAAAGCAAUGUCAAUAAAUCCCUGGAGGCAGAUGUCAAUUUAUGGAAAGUGGGGAGUGUGCGCCACAAAACAGCAACUUCCUCUUCAUAUCCUGUCUCUUAUCUUUCUACCUGUGGCACCCAUUACAUAAUCCGCACUAAAAGCUUAUUAUCACAUGAAUCUGGAACGAAGAAACUGCUGGCAACGUUCUGCACAUAAAGAGGACUUCUUGGCCUGUUCAUUGGGGCAAAGGGGGGCCAUAGCUCAGUGGCAGAGGAACUGCCUUGCCUGCAGAAGUUCCCAAGGUAAAUUUCUGGCGCCUCUAGGUAGGUCUGGGAGAGACUCUAAAAUCUUGCAGUCUUUGCUGCCAGUCAGUGCUGGGUUAGAUGGACCAGUGGUUUAUUCAGUAUAAAGUAGCUCCUUUGUCCUUCCUGUGUGGCCCAUUAGCCAGUGUUUGAUUUGCUGCAUUCCAGCCUUGCAAGGGGGUUGGACUAGAUGACCCGUGGUGUCCCUUCCAACUCUACAAUUCAAUGCUUUUUUUCAGAUUUAUUUUUUUAUUUUGCCAAAGUAAUAAUAAUAAAUAUAUAAGGGUAAAAAUGUGCACCCCACCUCCUAGAGCCUUCCGUUGUAACUGUCCAGCUUCCCAAAACUUCAACGCCUCUUGCGAUGGUUUGACCCUUUUCCGUUUUAACUGUACAAAUUCUACAAACACCCUCCAUAUCUCCUCAAAAUCAUUUCUUCUGCAUAUUCCGCAUCUUACAUUAAUAGAACAUGUUAAUUUAUCAUGAAUAGCUAUAUCCCACACCUCUUUGUACCAUUCUUCCAUUUUAUAGUCACCUUGCCCCUUCCACUUCCUAGCUAUAAUAACUCAUGCAGCUGUCAAUAAAUUUGUGAGCAAGACCUUCAUAGCCUGUGAACCUUCCACCCCAUCAUAAUUUUUUUAAUGCUUUAUUAAUUUUUGCAAAAAAAAAAUGAGAAAAGAAUCCAAAAUCAAUACAUAUUACAAAAAGGAGGGGAAAUAGAUUCAUACGUAACAGAUUCCAUUAUGACUUCCGAUCAUCCCAACAUGUUUCCUGGGUUGCAUUUUCGACUGCACACUUUCCAUUGUCUCUCACAGAUUGUCUCAAUUGUUUUGAUUUUGUAAAUUUCCACCCCAUCGUAAAUUGAUAAUAAUGGUACCUCUGGACUUACGGUUAGCUUUAACCCCAUGAUUUCUGUAAUCUCCUUGAACACUCUUUGCCCAAAAAAAUUAUACAUAUAUGCACCUCCAUCACAUGUGAAUGUAAGUCCCGGUUUCCUGCCAUCCCCUCCAGCAUAACACCAAAUAUUCCUUGUUUAUUUGAUUUAAUCUGACUGGUGUUAAAUACCAUGUCCAAACUAACUCCUAAUAAUUUUCUGUUAAUUCUAUGCUUCUACAAUUCCUGGAGAUCACACAGUAAUACGGAGCUGGUUUCCUUUCAAUUCCAGAUCAUGACACAGCGCCCAAGGCAGGAUGGAACCUCCCGAGCCAGACGCUCCCAACGCCUCCUUCUACCAGCCUUCCGUGUUCCUCCUGAUGGGCAUCCCUGGAAUGGGCAGGAGCCACCAUAGACUCGUCUCCAUCCCCUUCUGCUUGCUUUACCUUGUGGCCCUCUUGGGGAACUGCAUCAUCCUGUUCAUCAUUGGCAGAACGACCAGUCUCCAUGAGCCCAUGUAUUACUUCCUCUCCAUGUUGGCCCUCAUGGACCUGGGCCUGGUUCUGUGCACCCUCCCGACCACGCUAGGCAUCUUCUGGUUCGACGUCAGGGCGGUUGGCUUUGAUGCCUGCCUCACCCAGAUGUAUUUCAUCCAUGUCGUCUCCAUGCUGGAAUCCUCAGUGCUGCUGGCCAUGGCCUUUGACCGCUUUGUGGCCAUCUCACACCCCCUGAGGUACAAAGCCAUCUUGACCAAGCCAACCAUUGUCAAGAUAGGCCUGGCCAUGUUGGUGAGGGCAGCCAUCUCCCUGCUCCCGAUCCCUUUUCUGCUCAGGAGGCUGACGUACUGCAGCGACAACAGCCUCUCCCACUCCUUUUGCUUGCAUCCUGACAUCAUGAAGCUGGCCUGCAAAGACGUUGACAUCAGCGUCAACGUUCUGUACGGCUUAAUCAUCAUUCUUUCAACCGUUGGCAUAGAUUCACUCCUCAUUGUGCUGUCUUAUUUCCUGAUCAUCAGGACUGUCAUCAAGGUGGGUCCCAAGGGGAAGUGCCUGAAGGCUUUGAAUACCUGUGUCUCUCACAUCUGUGCGGUCCUCAUUUUUUUCAUCCCCAUGAUUGGCCUAUCCAUCAUCCAUCGAUUUGGCAAUGGUGUGGACCCGCUUGUAAAAGCCAUGGUUGCCUACGUCUACCUGAUCGUGCCCCCCGCUUUGAACCCCAUCAUUUACAGUAUUAAAUCCAAGCAGAUCCGGAAAGCCAUCUGGAAGCUGUUGCUUUGGAAGACGGAGCGGAGAGGUCAAGCAGUAACUGUUUCAGUUCAGUUCAGCCGUUGUGAAACUAGCCAUGAUGCGGUUCCCUGGACAGUUUUGUACCCUGUGGAGCUGCCUGCACGAUUUUGCAAAGGAAACCAGCACAAUGAUUGACAACUCCACCGAAUUGCAAAAAGAGCUGAAGCAAAUUGGAAGAUCAGAACGUUACCUUGUCAAGCUGGCUCCGUCUUCCACCUGUAGGGCUCUCACUGGGAAUAUGGAGCAAGCGUGUUUUCUGUUGCUCCACAGGGGAGGACAAGAACCCACAGAUCCAAAUGACAAGAAAGACUCCGACUAAACACUAGGAAGAACUUUCUGAUGCUAAGAGCCAUUCAACAGUGGAACAGACUCUCUCAGAAGGUGGUGGACUCUCGUUCAUUGCAGGUUUUUAAGCAGAGGUUGGAUAGUUGUCUGUCGUGGAUGCUCUAGCUGUGAUUCCUGCAUUGCAGCGGGCUGGACUAGAUGACCCCUGGGGUCCAUUCCAACUCUGCAAUUCUACGAUUCCAUGAUUCUGUGAAGCAUACCUUCAAUUCAACACCAAACUGUAGCAGUCGCAAUGCUUCUCACUUAGGUGCAUCAAAGCAGUUUUUCUGUUUUGUAUUCAGGUUCUGAUUUAUGUCUUGAGAAGUGAAAAAUGUGGCAAACUUUGUAUUUUGGGUAGAUUAAACCAAUUAAUAUUUGGCUGUGCCUCACACAAUGCUUUGGAACACACUUUUACUGUACUGCCAAGGCCAAGAUUUUCAAAGGGGUCUUGGAAAAUUUCUCUGGAGCCAGAGAUAAGGGAACAAAUCACAGAAGGGAGAGAAAACACAGUGUCAGGGAAAUCUGCUUCCUGGUCCAUAAAGCAAGGUGUCUCUAGGUCAGAUUAUCACACACCUGCAUAGACAAGUGAAGUCUGGCUCACAUAAGAGGCGACAUGCCUCACAGCCCACAACUGGCCACGUCACUGCUAUUUCCUGUGUUGUCAUCAGUAGGUCAAGUACCACCUUUUCCUGUUGCCUAGAAUGGACAUCCAGGGGAACGUGGCUCCAAACAGGGAGGAUUUCUUGCAGUACCUGUUGGGAGCAACCUCCUUCUGACUAUGACCAGGUUGAUGGGCGUGACCCUACCUGGUGCAAAUAAAAGGGCCAGGCACAUGGCUAUCUGCCUCUUACCUGCUUCUCUCUUUCGUCCUUCUGGUUCUCCACUGCUCCUGGCUCUUAGCCAGCGCAUGGCUCAUCCUUUACAAAGGAUGGAGCCCACAAGUAGCAAGUCUGAGAUUUAGCACAGACUUCAUUUUCUCUACAGAUGAAACUGUAUGAAGCCUGCCUUCAGAUUACGGCUUGUUAUUUUCAAGAAGUCUGUGUUGUGUUAUUCUUAUUUUAAGAGGGAAAGAAAGGGGAAAUUUACGAGGAAGAAUUCACUUUGCACAAGGCAGACUGGAUUGCUUAAUUAAAAGAUUCUAACGAGUCAUCAACUGCUUCCAACAAGUUUGAAAUAUACUCAGAGUCCUGUAGUGAUUUCAUGCUCUUUAUUGCAGCUUGUAAAACAGUGAUUGAAUUGCCCCCCCAUACCUCAGGCUUUUAUAUACAUUAUUUACCCAAUGAGUCCCAUCUGAUUGGCUGAUUCUGCUUCCCUCCUGGAGCCUGAUUG